AGCUAUUUAUAGAAAUUGUUAUAUGUACUUCCUGUAUAUAGAAAGAAAGAUAGCAAAAAGAGAGACUGAGGCAGAGACAGACAGACAGAGAGAGGGAGAGGGAGCAGAUAUCUGCAUGUUAAAUGACAAAAUAUUAACCAAAUAUCUGAAUUUCUGCAUUCUCCUGCUAGUUCUGCCUCUCUUCUCCUUCUUCUCUCUCAAUGGUUAAGGUGUUUCAAUAGCCGCAAUGAGUGAGGUAUUUUAUUCAUCUAUGAAGUUCAAGAAGAACUGUAGGCAGGGGACUGCAGCAACUCCGGAUGAAGACGUAACCUAUUCUGAGGUCAAAGUCAUCAACCCUACCGCCUCCAACACUGUGUGCCACUGUGGUUCAGCAGAGCACAGUGGGCAAAGCUCACUUCCCUACAGACGGGCUACAGUGAGUCUGGGGCUGCUGUGUGCUCUCUUAUUGGCUGCCACAGUAGUCCUGUGUGUCCUCUAUACAAGUCUGCUCAGAAGCAACUACAGCACCAUGAAUACAGAGAAAGUCCAGCUACAGAGCAAUGUGUCUAACCGCUGUCUACAGGGCUGGACGCAGUUCUCUUCGAAGUGUUACUACUUCUCUAAUGAGACGAAGAGCUGGACAGACAGUCGCAGUGACUGCAUUAAAUGGGGAGCUGACCUGGUGAUUAUAGAGAGUAAAGCGGAAAAGUGUUUCAUCAACGAACAAAUAAAAAACUUUACCUGGAUCGGACUACGUUACUCAGCAGCUAAGGGUAACUGGCACUGGAUGAAUGGAACCCCUCUGCAGAAAGGAUCCUGGGGGAAAGGAAAGUCAGAUGGUAAAAAUGAAUCUGGUUGUGCCGUGAGUGCCCCUAAUGUGAAUCCAUGGAAUGCUUCUCACUGUUUUAAUGACCAUAAUUUCAUCUGUGAGACUAAUGCUCUGCUCCCCUAAACCAUUUUUUAUCAUUGUAUGUUUUUGGUUCUCUCAUCUUGUGAAUUGAAUAUACAUACUGCUGCCUUUACUAGAAAU